AUGUUCAAAAAGAAAGAGCAAUCAUAAUAAUAAACAGCAUCCCCUCCAUCCCCACCACCUACAUCAACUAUUUAAUAGUAAUAAUAAGUUGUAUAAUAACCUCCUAAUAUUCCUAUUCAAUAACCAGCCCAAAAAGGAUCAAUGUUCAAAGGAAGUCUUAAGGUAAAGGCACAACCUCCUUUAACCCAAGAAGUUUAAUAAUAACAGCCGUUACCUCAAACAUAUCAGUCUUAGUUAGUUUAAUCUUAAUCCAAUUCAGACGUUCUAUCCCCUGAAAGUGAUGCUUAUAAAUAGUAAUAUAAUUAAGUGGAAACAUCAAUCAUUUAAGAAGAAUCAAAUAUCGAACAAAAAAUUGA